AAAAAAGGCCACAGCUCAGUUGUAAUGCUAAAUAGAGUUCAAAGUCACUUGAGGAAAUUCUUUGAAGUUGGAGAAGAGAAGGACGUUUUCAGUUUAAUACUUUUGAAUGGCACUGUACUACUGUACUCCUUUGCUUUUUGGCUCUCUCGGCUUACCAUUCCGUACCUUUUUCUUUCCAUCAAAGCAAGCCCGAUUAUUUUCGGUUAUUAUGAAGCACUGUACGCCCUCAUUCAACUUCUAGGCCUUCGAAUUAGUAAAGAAGUCUCCAUCAAUUGUGAUACAAAACUUGCCUUACAGCUUGGAAACUUGGGAUUCCUUAUAAGCUUUCUACUUCUUGGAUUCUCCAAAAAUCUCCUUCUUCUCUUUUGUAGUGCAAUUCCCUUGUUACUCUCUCACAAUCUGACUAUUUCCCGGAAUCUUGCAAUUAUUUUGUCCAAAAGAGAAAAUGAACAAAGAGCUCUGACUACAAUAACACUUAGUAAUACGCUCGGAACAAUCCUGGGCUCCCUUUUCAGCGGAUUUUUAUUACCAUCACUUGGAUUCUUAGUCGUUUUCCUUUGUUCCGGGCUACUUGUGCUGCUGAAUAUGAUCCUUAUUGGAGUUUUACUCCCUAAGAAAGUCUACGUGCGUCCGUAUAACGAUACCACUUUCACCUCUAAACUACCUGAUCUGCCACAUGUUAUAAAGCAGCCCGAUGCUAAUUUUUUGCUGUCCUGUUUGGCCAGUCUGUCGCUUACACUCUUCAUGUUCAAAACUGCGGGUGUCAUGUACCUCGUGACCGAACUUCUUGCUCCUCCAGAAGUCGUGGGCGUAAUUUCGGCUAUGGGCGCCCUUUUAGGGUUUAUUGCGAAGCAUUUCACAGCAACCAAUCAAUUUUAUCGUCUGACGUUAUGCGAGGCCACCACCGUUCUUAUUUUUGGCCUCCUGCUCUUUUUUCCUGCCAAAAUACCAGUCUAUGCGGGGCUGAUGUUCUUUGCGCUGAUCUCUACUGGCGUCUCGACGAGUCUCUCGCUGUUGAUAGCCGCCUGCCGGGUCGAGGGCAAGCAUACUUUGUUCGAACUGGCGCAUUCCGCUGUCCAUCUCUCGUGCAUCUGCGCUCCGGCAUUGGCAAGCUUGCUUCUAUCUUUUGGCGGUUUCCAGUAUGUCUGCUUAGUAGGUGGACUGCUUGGCCUGGCCUCCCUUUUAAAAACUCUUUCCUUUGAGUCAACUUUCGAGUACAGCGAAAGUGAGCACUCUUUUAAUUUUAACGGCUAUUUUCCAACAGGUGUGGUUUUCAAUUUUAUAUAA